UCAGAAUUUAAAGUGUUGACCAAUUACAGACCAUGUUUAGCAGUUGCUUGUCUGCGAAUAACACACAGAGAACCUCAAAAGUCAAUUCACAAGUCUGUCUAAAAACGGCACUGAUUGGAUGAAAAACAUUUAAUAAAUCCUCUUUCGUAGAACAAAAGUAGUUGAGAACUUUUCAACUUAUUUUGUUAAGAAAUAUCGCGUACACUUGGUGUUGGUUGGCAUGAAUUAAUUAUAUAUAAUUAAUUAUAUAUGACGUGUAUAUGUGCGGAUAUUUCAGAUAGAUAAACAUUUCUUAAAGAAUCGAAUUCCGGAAAAAAGGAUUAUGAAUACGGAUCAUAGAACUCAAUGGUGCUUACAACUUAUUGUCAGUGUUAUUACCAGUAGGAGUACGACUUUAAUCAACAAAGUUGCUACUCCAAAUACUCAAGCUUGUAAAAUUAAUUCAAGGAAGAGAGAGAGAACACGAGAGGAACUGUUCCUUGUCUGCUCCGUCUACUUACUGGACUGAGGCUUACAUGCAUUUUAUCGCUAUGGACAGUUUUCCCAUUCAAAACUAUGAGAAUAAGAUGGAAACAUUUGAAACAUACAAUGAAUCUGUAGCUACCGCUGCAAAUCGUCAACGUGACAUUGUUCAAACUCAGCCGGUGAAUAGUCAAACAUCUGCCCAGCAGAUACAAGUGCAGAGUCAAGAGAAUCGUGAUACGUUGGCACUGCAGCAACAGCAGCAGCAUCAGACGCAUCAAAUGACACAGAUUCAGUCAAACACUGAACAGAGUACAACUCUAACUCCAGUCAGAUUACCUGCUAUAUUAGAUGGAGAAUAUUUUACAGUGACCAGAGUAGAGGAUACCAAUGUCACAGUGCGUUGUCAGCAAUGUCAGAAAUUAUUGAAUGGUAAUCUGAAGUCUACUGGCAAUUUUCUAAGUCAUAUAAAGCGAUUGCAUCCGACCUUGAUCGAGAAAAUAAGAUGCAAAUCCAAUCAAAGAAAGCCGGCAAUGGUGUACAUUGAUUCAAUGUCAUCUGAUAAAUGCUCCGAAAUACGAACAAAGCGUGUGGUGAUUCAAAAUAAAAAGCGCUGCAAAACAGAGGAAUGCGCAGCCGAAAACGAAGAAUCUUAUGAGCAUCAACCCGCGGAUUGGAAUGACGCACCGUUAGUACGACGACGAUCUGAAGAAGCAGAAUCCACAGAUCUAUCUGUAAGGAUACCGCAUAACAAUUCAUUCGUAAUAGAGGACGAAUACGACGCAGUCGGUCGUAACGUCGCCGCCAAACUUAGAAAUAUGAGAUUGGACCAAAGAAUAAUAGCCGAGAAAUUAUUAAAUGAUAUUUUAUUCGAGGCUCAACUUGGUAAUCUUCGCAGAGAUUCGAGUAUUCAUGUGUGAAGAAGAAAGAUAUGUAUGCAUGCACACAAAUUUGCUCAUGUGAUAUGGAUGACAACUUUCUUGAAUAAUACUAUAGACUGUGUUUUAAUUUUAUUGAAAGACAAAUGUAUCUUAUAAUUCCUCUUUCUACAUAUAUCAUAGAGGAUUAUGAUAUCUUAUAUCUUAUAGUCUUCUGUGAUCAACUAGAGAGGAUCAGUUUUAAUUAACAGAUUUUUUGAAUUUUUAGAUAAAAAAGAUAUAUUCUGAAUUCUUAAAA